AUGUCGUCCUUCCUUACGCCCACGAAGAAAUCCCAAAAGCCCCCGAACAAGGCCAAGCCUUUCCAACCUCCGAACCGCAUUCGAGCCAUUCGAGAGCAAGCCGAACGCCAGCAAGCCAACGCCGCUGCUGCCGCCGCCAAUGCUGCUGCUCAGGCCCAACUCAACCGCUCCCGAGCCCCGACAGUCGCCGUAUCCAAGGGCCCGCAAUGUCCCAACAAAGCAUGUGUUAAGCCGAACGUCGUCGAUGGAGUUUGCCAGACCUGUGGUCGAGUUGCCGAUGACAGCAAUAUCGUGGCCGAGGUUCAGUUUGGUGAAACCUCCUCUGGUGCUGCCAUGGUCCAGGGAAGUUACAUUGCUGCCGACCAGGCCGGUGUCCGCACCAUGGGCCCUGCCUUCCGCCGAGUAGGAGGCUCCGACGAUCGAGAAAAGUCCAUCCGUGAAGCCCGCUCCUUGAUGCAGGGUUAUGCUCAGCAGCUGAAUCUCGGAGAGAGUACCGUCAACACUGCCGUUCAAGUCUUCAAGCUCGCCUCCCAAGCCAACUUCGUUCAGGGUCGCACACUCGUCAUGGUCGCCGCCGUGUGCCUGUACACGGCUUGUCGAACCGAGCGCCCCUGCAAGAUCAUGCUGAUCGAUCUGGCUGAUCUGACCCAGAUCAAUGUCUUCAAGCUCGGCCGAGCCUUCAAGGCGCUGAACAAAGUCGUCUACGUCUUUGGCAACGGCGAGGCCCCGGUCUUCCCCGAGGACAUCAUCUACCGCUUUGCUUCUAAGCUCGAGUUCAAGCACAUGACCAAUCGCGUCGCCGAAGACGCCGUCCGCUUGGUGGCUCGCAUGAAACAAGACUGGAUCGUCAUGGGACGGCGACCCUCCGGAAUCUGCGGUGCCUGCCUCCUCAUGGCUGCCAGAAUGCACAACUUUCGCCGAACCGUCAGAGAAGUUGUGUACAUCGUCAAAGUCACAAAUCACACUAUCCAAGAGCGCCUGCAGGAGUUCAACGUAACGGAAGCCAGCAAAAUGACGGUAGAGGAUUUCUUGGCCCACGACUUUGGCUCCACUUCACACGACCCGCCUUCGUUCUACAGGAACACCGAGGCCUGGCAGAAGAAACAGGAAGAGCUCGGAAAGAAACGCAAGCGCAAGAUCACGGAUGACGGCGACAACACUAGAGCCACGCCGGUACCCCCGCCUGUCGACCUGUCCUCGGCUCCUACAGUCGAGUACCGUCGUGACAAGGAUGGCUUCAUCAUUCCUCCAGUUCCCUCCAAGAUCCAAAAGGACGAGCCCGCCCUUCGGGACGCUAACAGUACCCAACACCUGGAGACCCUCGCCGAAGAGUUUGGCGACGCAGAGAACACGAAUGAGGAGUCCUCGCAGCCAGACUCAGCGGCCAAGACCGUCCGACAGGCCAAGCCCCAACUGCCCAUCAACGAGGAGUGGGAAGAGGACGAGGCAGAGAUGGAGGAGGAAAUUUCGGAGAUUAUGAACGACCCUGAGACGUACGCGCAUGCCAAGGCCUUCAGUAACGCCGAACAGCGAGCCCGCAUUCACUCCGUUUGGGCUCUGCAGCAACAGCCCGACAAGGCGGUAUCGAUGGCCCCUGAAGUCGGCGAAGACGAGUUCGCAGAUGACCCCGAGGUCCUGAACUGUGUUCUGUCUCCCGACGAGGUCAAGAUCAAAGAGCUCUUGUGGGUGAACGAGAACAAGGACUGGCUGCGCCAAUCCCAAGAACGCCUGUUCCGCAAGAAACUCGACCAACAGAAGGAGAAGCCGCAGCGAAAGCGUAAGAAGAGGCCUCGUAUCGGCGAAGGCCAGACGACUCCUGCCAGCACACCCGGAGAAGCCGCUGUCAACGUCAUGAAGGAGCGUGGUUUCUCGAAGCGCAUCAACUACGAUGCCAUCAGGCAGAUGUUCGACGUCGCUGGUCGCGGAGACCCGGGAUCACGACCCGAGAGCGAAGCUGCAAGCCGUCCUACCAGCAAGGCAUCCAGCGUGCUCGAGGAUCCCGUUGGUGAUGAGGAGGGCGAUCACAUCGGCGGCAGCGGAGACGAGAUGGACGGACACCAAGACGAUGAAUUCGGAGGCGGCGAUGACUACGAUGACAUGGGCGACGAGUCACACAUGUACGAUGACGAUGAUCAGGGGAUGGGCGACGACGAUGACGACGACGAUUUUGGAUUGGGUGACGACGACGAGUAG